AUGAUUGAGUACUUAAUUCAUGAAUUACAGACCAAAAGAAAAGUUCUUAUGGUCCCAAAUGGUAUAGAAUAUGAAGAAAUCAAUUAUCAGGACUAUGAUCUUAUUAUCAAUAAAUACGCCAAUUAUUGGAGUAAACAAUUGGAGAGUGAAAAUUUGGAGAAAGACAGCGUAAUUGGCUACUUCUCACAAAGUGGCCCUGAAUACUUGUAUAACUUAAUGGCUUUAUGGAAAUUAGGCUUUACAAUUUUAUUCCUUAGUCCUCGAAAUUCCAAACCUGCUUUAAUUCAUUUACUUCAAGAAGCUAAAUCCGUAUUCUCAUCUAUAAUUCUCAACUUUCAAAAAUCUCCAAAAGUGCUCAAAAAUGAAAACAUUGAAAACAUCGAUAGUUCAGCUCCUGUUACAAAACUAGAUGAUGAUUCUUAUGAAAAAGUUAUCGCCAUUUUUCAUAGUUCCGGUUCAACCUCAUUUCCUAAAUUAGUUUCUCUUAAUUUCUUGGUUUUGGAGCAAAGAGAUAAAAAAUUAAUAAAAUUAAGUUCUAUCAUAUAUGCUGGUGCUGCAUUAUCACCUCAAGUAGGUGAGAAGCUUGUUCAAUUUGGCGUUAAUGUCCAAUCCAUUUAUGGUUUAGCUGAAACAGGAGUUGUUAUGAAAACUUCUAAAAAUUUUUCACCUGAUAUCCCAUGGAAUACAAUGGAAUUAGCAGUACCAGAAAGUUAUGUAGAAUGGAUAGAAAGGAAUGAUUUUCUUGAUGGAGCAAAAGAAUUAAUUAUAAAAAAAGGAUCUCUAAAUCUUUCAAGUAUUAAAGGAAAUACUGAGAAUGCCGAUAAUACAAUUGUUCAUAGUACUGGAGAAAAGUCAAAUCCAAUACUGAUUGAAGAUACAAUUCGCCUUAAUCAAUUUGUUAAACAAGUAGUCGUCGUUAGAUUUAAUAGACCAUUCAAUUGUUUUUUGAUUGAACCUGAUUAUGAAAAUAUCAAAUUGACUCCUUUUUUAGAUAUUAUCAAAAAAAAAACAAUUGCUUGUACCCUUAAAAAUAAUGUUCAACAUAAGAAAGUUGAAAUAGAAUUUAAAGAUGUAAUUGAAAUGCUUUAUGAUAAUUUUGUAAAUGCUAAAACUGUCUCAAAUAAUAAAUCUUUUUCUAAUAAGCAAUGGAAUGAAGAUUCUGUAAAAUCCAUUUUAUUAGAUUCCCUUAAAUCAGCUAUUGGAGAUUCAUUUUCACUAACUGACAAUGACGAACUCUCAUUCUUUGCUAUUGAAUUAUCAAAAAUCAGCUCUCCACAAGGUCAAAAUGCUGAAGACAGUUACGAAGCAAAAUUACAGGCUCUUAAAAAUGAAGUGAACUCAUAUAUUCAAAAAUAUAGUGCAACUAAUAAUUUCCCUCCUGUGGAUAACUUUGAUAAAAUUAAUGGAAUCGUAAAUGAAAAAAUGGUGAAACGUUUUGAACGUGAUAGUAUUGCUGGAACCGUUCAUCUUCUUAUGCUCACUCGUGAAGCAUAUACUAAUCAUCAAAAUGUUCAUUUUAAUUUUACAUCAAGUAUUAGUACAACUAUUAGAUCAAAAACAAAUGUUAAAGAAGAUGAAUUACCUCACGAUAUUUCAAGUGCAAUGAUUAACAGAUAUGCUUUAUCUAAAUUCAUUACUGAAAAUGUAUAUGCUGAAUGGUCACUAAAAAUUAGGUUUAAACUUGAUAUUCAUCGUGUUGGGCAAGUUUGUAAAGAUUCUGUUACGGGUGUUUGGAAUACUCGAGAACAUAUUUCACUUAUGAUAAAAG